CUUGUCACAAAGCAUUCCUCGCUUUUUCGUUUCCUCUCUCUCCCCAAUAUCCCUUUUAUUUUCCGACUCUUUUCCGCAUCCCUUAAACCCAGCACGGAUGGCCCGUCCGACUCCCUCCCAUAAAAAAAAAAGAACUUGCUUUGGAUUGAAAAAUAUUUUCUGCACAUGUAAACGCCGUACUUGUAACGUGCUGAUUGUUGUUUGGGAUGAAGGACUGGACAUUGUUGAUUGGUUGGCCGCCUCAAACGUGGUUCUCCGGUGGUGCUACAUAGCUCUCCGGUGGUGCUUCGCAUGCAUUGCCCUUGUUUUGAGAAGGAUAAUUAGCGCAUUAUCGUUUCGUGGCAGUGAUAACGUUGUUGCACAGCUUCCUGACGAUGUCGUGAUAGACAUCCUGCUUAGACUUCCUGCAGAUCGCGUCGCAGACUGUCGAAGGGUGUGCAGGCGCUGGAGAUCAUUGACUUCCUCAGAUUAUUUUAUCAAAUUGCACCUGGAUAGGUCUGCUCCACUCAUUUUUGUGCAAGCCACGGAUCUAAAGGAUCCGAGGGUAACUGGAAAAUUGGCUUUCUACAUUUUGGAUCAAGCAAGCAACCGCAGGAACAAAAUAAAAAAAUUGCGGCUUAGGCCUGAAAUAAAGAUGAGUCAAGGUGACACCGAAGUUGUUGAUUCAUGUCAUGGACUUCUUUUGUUCAGGGAUGCCUUUGGUCGCUGGCGUUAUUAUGUAUUCAACCCUUUAACACAAGAACUAUUGGUUCUAGAUGGUCCUAAUGAAGGUCGUUCACGUGCCUUCUUUUACGAUCCAUCGGCAAACGAACUUAAGAUUCUUUACCUGUGUAUUGGUUUCCAGUUCUUUAUCUACAGCCUCGGAGGAAGGAGUUGGAGAAAGAUAAAAAGCCCACCUUCAGGUUCUCCCCCUCAGUAUGAUACCCCACCUGCAAUCUGCAAUGGAGCUCUUCAUUGGAUCACAAGUUGCGGCCGUACUGCUGAGGAAGAUAUCCCACCUUGCACCAGUGGAAUAACAAUUUUUGGGAUGGAUACCGAGGAUUUCUCUACCUUGCCUCAUCCUGGUGGCGAGUGCAACUCCAGAGUGAAUCACAGAAAUAUGCGGCUUUUAGUGGUGGAUGAACAUCUAUCCUUCUGUAAUGUGUAUCGGGGUUAUACCGUCAUUGAUAUAUGGUUGCUCGAGGACUACGCGAGCUGGGCUUGGGUUAGAAAAUGGUGUCUUCGGCCAAACCUAUAUGGUCCUCGACCUCUGGAAUCGGAAUGUUACAGCUUCAGCCGGAGAUUAGAGGUUGUGCACUUUCAGAAUGGAGAAUUGUGGCUGGAUUGUGGUGAAAGAGGCUUGGUUCUUUAUCAUCUUGACCAGAAUACCUUUAAGAAACUUGGAAGACCACCCACUUCUUAUGAGCAUCGUUGCAUUCAUUAUACGAAAAGCCUGGUGCCCCUACAUCAAGCUGCUCUCCCGCAGGAUUGAUUACUCAUUCGCUUAUUGGAUCCUUCUUUUAAGAGUUUUCUAUAUCUUCCAGUUUGGUAGUAUUAAUUUAUACUUGUGCUAGUUGAAUGGGGUCACACGCAAGCCGCCCAGACAUAGGUUCAUAAAAUGCUAGAAAUUUAUGACGAUAAUAGUAGUAUAUGUAGUUUUAGUAUUUAUUUU